AGGAAGUCACCAUAACGCGUCCCAAUUAUAUCUUUAAUAACAGACAGACACUACAAGCGUAUAAUUUUAUAUAAGCGUGUAGAUACAUGUUUAUACGUCAGUUUGCACAUCUUUAUUUAUUCUGCAAAGAAACAAAUCGUUGGAAUAUUGUUUUUGCAAAUUAGAUAUAAAAAUGUAUUUAAUUUUUUUAACAUUUUGUGUGGUUUCUGUGGUGUCGACAGAUCCGCUAAAUUUUGAAAGGAGUAAAGCUACUUUAAAACCGUUAUCAGCAUGCUGUGACAUCCCAGAGUUAGGACACACUAAGCCUUUAAAUGAAUGUUCCAAUCCCAAGUUACCUGGACCAUGCGAUGACGUGCAAUGCGUGUUCGAAAAAUCUGGUUUUUUAAAGGAUCAACAAACAUUAAACAACGAAGCGUACAAGAGCCACCUUAGGUCGUGGGCUGAAACGCAUAAAGGCUGGUCUAAUUCUAUCGAAAGGGCUAUAGAAGACUGCGUUGAGAAAGACGUUAGGCAAUAUCUGGACAAGCCUUGUAAAGCUUAUGAUGUUUUCACCUGCACAGGAAUUGCUAUGUUAAAGAAAUGCCCUGAUGAAGCAUGGAAAUGUGCUUGAAUUAUUAAAAUUAAGGGAUUUUACAGAUCUAAAAAAAUAAUAAAGUAAAAUAAAUUGCGUAUUGUUUUAUUAUUCCACUA